AUGGGACUCAAUAUCAAAUACUAAUGAUAUGUCCGAUGAAGAUUUGAACGAACAGAUCAGGGGAACAGCCGUUUAUCAUACAUUGGGUAUUGUCAGUCAAACUGCUGACAUCCCAUUAAUUCAAUGGUUUUGUCCACCUGCCGAAGCAUUUUUUGCGAGCACUGAAGAGCAACUUCGUAGACGGUUUCCUGACUUUAAUGAAGAAGAAUUGGCAGGGUUGAUUGAGGACUAUAAAAGGGAAAAUACAGCAUUAGAGAGGGUUAUUAAAGAUUUUAAUUUGGUGAUGCAUGUAGAACAUGCAUUAAGGUUAUUAGAUUUGAAAUCUGCAUUAGAUGUCCAAUAUGAUUAG